CCGGGCUGCGAGACCAGCGGCGGUCCACAGAGAGAGCCUCGCAGAGACCGAGAAAGACACGGUGGACUCCAUUGCUGUCCCGAGUUUCUCGCCGGACUAGGUAUAUUCCGUUACUGCGUGUCUUGUCCGCGCUCGUGCACGCACCAAGUUUCAUCUCCCCGACAUCGGCGAAUCGUUUUACGAGCAAACGACCGAUCGACAGCCCCGGAGCUUGUGAUUCGGAGACACUUUUUCUGUUGUCUAGUGUGCGGGGACGCGUGUGUCCGCGGGCCGAGUCCUAUCGUGCGUGAGCUGAGACGUGAAGAAAAGGGAAUUACAAUGGCUGACCAACUCACAGAAGAACAGAUCGCAGAAUUUAAGGAAGCGUUUUCGCUUUUCGAUAAAGACGGCGAUGGUACCAUAACCACCAAAGAAUUAGGUACAGUCAUGCGGUCCCUUGGUCAAAAUCCCACAGAAGCUGAACUACAGGACAUGAUUAAUGAAGUAGAUGCAGAUGGUAACGGCACAAUCGACUUUCCGGAGUUCUUGACCAUGAUGGCGCGUAAAAUGAAGGACACGGAUAGCGAGGAAGAGAUUAGGGAGGCCUUCAGAGUGUUCGAUAAGGAUGGAAAUGGUUUCAUAUCCGCGGCGGAACUCAGACACGUCAUGACCAAUCUGGGCGAGAAACUUACUGAUGAGGAAGUAGAUGAAAUGAUACGAGAGGCUGAUAUCGAUGGCGACGGUCAAGUUAAUUAUGAAGAAUUCGUCACAAUGAUGACAUCAAAGUGAAUGCAACCUGUGUAACGGAAGAACUCGCGUCUCGGAGUGGUGUUGACGUAUUAAAUAAAUCAAGAAACAGAGAAAAACAUAUGUAACAAAAACAGAAUCAACCAGAAAGUGAUAAAUCUUGUAUCAGGAUACGAAGAUGAUCUAUAAAAGCGCGAAGAGUCAACGUCCGAUACCGCGUUUAAAAUCAUCGUUUAACGAUAAGUAAUACAGGGCAAUUAAUUGUUUAAUUAAAGAGUUAUACCACUAAAAUCAUUAUCUUUCAAAACACAAAUAUUUACGCGUGUACACACAACACAAUAACACGUCACACCGAUAUAUACGGAACACUCAGAGUAUAUAUAUAUACAGUUACAUACACAUUCACUCGGAUGUCUUAUUUCCAUUGGACAAAACAAAUUUGGAAGUGAGAUAACGAUUGCGCGCGCAUGUGCACCAACGACAAAGAAAAAAGUGCAUUUUCCAUUUUACUCUCUUUCUCGACUGCCCCCUCCCCUCCCCUCCUUUCCUUUUCUCUUGUUGCAUCCCUCGCUAUCAUCUUUCCUUCUCGUCUCCAUACCUUCUCCUUCAUUUCCUUGAAAGAAUUUUUUUUAUGAGAAAGGCAUGUCGAAAAUUUGUAAUUUCUCUUUGCAAAUGGAGAGGAAACGUGUGCGUUAGGGGACAAAAUAUAAAUCUGAUGUAAGAUACUAUUAAAAGCAGCAAAGAUUUAUUUGCCAAUCGAGAGAGAGAGAGAGAUUUCAUCUCGAGAAUUCCUUCGUUCAUUUUUUUAAUAAACGAGAUACGUGUAUAGUGAAUGAUGACAUUAGGAUAUGUAGCUGCUAAAUAGAUGAUGAUGUCUCUACCGUUAAAAUGCAUGCACAUGUACAAAUGUUUGUUUGUCUCUGUGAGAGAAUUCGGCCUGGACCGAUCGUUUUCCAGACAAAGAGAGAGAGAGAGAGUGAGAGAGAGAGAGAGAGAGAGAGAGAGAGAGAAUAUAAAUAUGAUGAUGCGCUUCGGCCUCUGGGUUAUUGAUGACGACUUCAAAUGCAAAAGCUGUGCUGGACCCCUCGAUGCCUCACAAAACUAAUAACUUAAUUUAUAUAAGUAAUGAGCAAGAAAAUUUAUAAAAAAAAGAAAAUGUGAAAGAGAGACAGAAAAAAAGAGAUGAAAUAUAGAUGAAGAAGAAUUGGAAGAGGAGCCUCGAGGAGCUCAGACCUAGUGCUUUCGCUCGCGCGUGUCGCGUCUCGCAGGACGGGAUGGGAUCGGUCGCGCGGAUGACGUCACACGGGAACACGGAUAAUGAGCCGCGACGCGAUCGUUGGAAAGCUCCAGGAUCCGAAGUCUCGACAUUCCUAUUUGAAAAAGAAAAAAAAAGAAAAGUCUCUUCCUUACGCUUUCAAUCAACAGCAUCCAAGCCUCUCGUGCCCGUUGUAUACGGGACUCACACGUACACGUUUACGUAUUAUAUACGCGAGAAAAACUCUAUACACAAAAGAUUAUACACACAGAGUAAAAAAAAAGAGAAACACUAUAAUAUUAUAUUCACAAAGUGCGUUUUGCCUCCAGUUCCAUUUAAUCUCCUAUUUAUAAACUUGCCUUCCGCUCGGGAAAGUCUUACAUACAUGCGCGCAAAAAAAAAAGAUUUUAAACAGAGAAAAAAGAGAGAAACAACGUUGACACCACUUUUGUUGAUAUAUAAAUCCACGGAGAAAUAAAAUAGGGAUGGGGGAUUAAAAGAAGUAAAGGCCACAGUGAGAUCGGUGCAUUACUUUUCUUCACCCAGGGGUGCGUGCCAGUCUCGUUAAAAGCGGAGCCAACCAGAUCGGAGAAACUGGUGUGAUUUUUGUGCGACCCGUACGAUAUAAUGUUACUUAAGAACUCGAGAGCAAAAGAACAUAAAUACCGUACAGCGUAAAACAACAUGCGUGUCGGUGGUUCAGUCAUAAUAUAUAUGUAAUAUAUAUUAUAUAUAUAUAUAUAAAAUAAUUUACGAAGAAAUUAAGAAAAAAAAGAUGAAAGAGAUAAUUCCUCCACAGUCCUUUAUUAUUUAAUAUUGAAGUGAACAAAAAUGAGAAGUACUUGUAUUUCUGGUGACCUAGAUCGCAUUGAUCAUUAAACAAAAAAAGAUAAAAAGAUUUAAAAAAAAGAUAAAAAGACAAAAUAAAUGUAUCCUCAUUUUUAGGUCACAGCUAUUCUCGAUUUGUUUCCCUUAUUACCAAUAGAUCUCUCGUUUCAGCAACUAUCUCUUUUUGUGUUCGAUGGCAUCUAGAUACUUUGCUAUGAGAAUAUUUCAUUGUCUCUCUGUGAACAGGAUCCACUUUACAUAUCUCUGACUUUUCUCACUACCCUCGAAAAACUUUUGAGAUUAGAUAUAGGUUACAAAGGAGAGAAAGUACGGUAUUAAUUAUAAUUAGGGACUCACUUCAUUAAACACCCGAAAAAAGGGGGAAAACAGCACACAUUGGGUCUAUUUGUAAACUGGUAUAUUCAAUGUCCGAGGUAUAUUUCCACACACUUACACUCUUUAUUAAGAAUGAAAAAAAAGAUUGUCAAAAAAGAAAAAAAACGCACUCUCGUUUUUGUAAAAGUGGUCGUUAGUAUUCGACAGGCAUCUGUAUCUAAAUGCUUCCAAAUUCGCUUCGUUUCAUCGAACACUGAUACCUAGCGAUUAAGUCUCUUACGUUACAAAGACUCUAUAUUCCAGUAUUUAAUAUAAUAGUAAUUUUAUAUCCGUAUCGCAAAAUCUAUUUAUUGAAAGAAUUUUCGCGCGCCGAGAAUUAGAUAGAGAAAGAGAGAGAGAGAGAAAGAGCGGCGCAUGGAAGCUCUUGUUGUGAACAUUAACAUCGAGGCAAUGCCAAAUCUUUAUCGAAUAAUAUUGAAGCGUUAGCUCUUCUAAUAUUUAAUUUAGCGUCCCCUCGAUCUUUGUUAUUGAAAUACACGUUGUUGUUCUUAAAAAAAAAGAAAAAGAAUCGUUUAUACCGUAUUUGCGGAGGUACCAAGACACAUCCUGCUUCUAUUGACCGUUGUAUUUAUUUCGAUGUGUACAUAUACGAACGUAUAAAAUCGAUCCGGCGAAGUGAAUCUUCGUACGGUUAUAUGCUAAUUGUAAUUCUUAAAACGAACAAGUUUAUUGCGAUAUAUGAACAAGGAGAGAACGUUAUACGCGUUGCAAAAUAUAAAGCAUUUUUUUCCUAUCUAAUCAUUUCGAGCGCAGGCUCGGUAAUCUUUUUUUUUUUUGUUUUUGUUUUUUAAUGAUUAUAGCUAUUCGCGAUUUUAAUGAACUCCUUAAUUUCUUCAGAUUCCAAUUUGAACAUUGUUUCUAUUGUAUGUAAGUAUAUUCUCUGUCGUAUAUCUCUCAAAGGCGUUCUUCACUUCUUGUCGUACAUAAUAAAGCGGCACAGUUUGUAUAAAGUGUUGAUAUUAAGUUAAUAAAUUGUUCCUAUAUACUUAUAUGGGAGCAAACUGGUGUUUAUCUAUAAUACAA